ACGCGAUACUACAUGUAACGUUCUAAAAUGGUGAAUAUUGUUUAUAAACCAGCAGCGAACAAUGUACGGUGCCUUUAUUCUCCUGAGCAUCCUGGCUAUACGGAUAAAUGGAUUUACUUUGGAUGACGUGCAGUGCAAUUAUGUUUUUAAACAAAAAUGCCAUGCAGAUAUAAAUAAUUAUAAUAUAGUGCAAUACAAUUCUUCAGUUAUAAAUUAUUGUACCACCGAGGAUGUUCCUAAUGAAAUCGACUUUACCAUAAUAGAAGAUGAAAAUGAUGGAUAUUUGAAAGUCGAAUUCACUCCUCCUAAAAGAGAAUGCAGAUAUGGGGUAGCAUUAUUGGUCAAUCCUUCUAUUAAGGAUGAAAGAGAAUGCAGAGAGUACAAGUUUGAAAAAGCUAAUAAUAUUAAUUCGACAGUACAUACUACAGAGAAGACUCUGUGUGUUCUUACAAAUAAUCAACUUAUAAGAUACAAUGAUAAUUCAACAGUAUCUUUAUGUAAGGAUAAUAUUGAACAAUGGUACCAAUAUAUCUUUACUGGAUGCUAUGCACUUCGAUUUCACGUUGGUAGGCAGAACUACCUAAUAAGAGGCCAUACACUUUUAAAUACCAUUUAUUGUCCUAAGCAAGUUAUGGAACCACAAUUUAUCUGUAAAUAUAACACACAUUCAUAUCCUGAUGAAAGACAUGAACUAACAAACUUUACAUUAAAUACUUCGCUUCCAUCAGAUACAGGAUUAUUGCUUAAAGUAGCAUUAAUAUCAGAACAUAAUAGGAGCUUGGAAAAUCCUUGUGUCUGGAAAAGUGACGAUGAAAAAUCACCAAUAUACACACGGACAGUUAAUCUGGUGAAGAAAAAGGAUCGUAAUUGCACUGUAAAAUGGGUGCAGACAGCACGCGGAGAACAUGUAAAGACUGUGCAAUGUAAUUUUCAAGUACAAACUGUGCAAGGUGCGGAUUAUUGUUUCGUGUUCCGCGUGAUCGACGAUCGAUGUCACAUGAAUACGUUCUGGACGCCACCCAAUAUAAAUGGGAUGAUGCCAUGUACAUGGAUAAAGCGUUGUGCGAGAGCCUUCGAAAAUGCGACACGUGUCGAGAACACUAACACGAUAAGUUCAGACAGAUUGUUGAGCGCGAACUCGUACCUGUUGUUGCCGAUCAUUGCCGUCGUCUUACUCGUGUCGACGAUAGUCGGGACACUGUGCUUCCUGCACUACUUACGCAUCCGUAAAGAAGAGAUGAACCUGUAUGUGAAUCCGCAGCAUGACGACUUCAUGAAUCCUGCUUGUCUCAAGCCCGCCGAUUUCAUCGUCGGCAACAACGGCAGCGAGAAGAGGAUCUAUCACGAUAAUUUCACGUGCGACGAUAUCAUCCUUCUGUACACGAAAACUUCAACGUCUUUCGCGGCACUGAUGAAAGAUUUUCGCGAGACGCUUGCCAAGAUUUGUUCCUGCUACGUACACGACUGGCACGACGGAGCUGAAUGGAACGACGUGGCCAAAGUUGGCGCCGUUUUAUGGUUCACCGAAUUGCUAAACUGCGGAUGCCGCGUCGUUUGGAUAGACACACCAGCCACGAGAUCCGUCGUUACGUCAAACCCGAGGGAGAACGACUCGGAUUUAAAGAAGCUUAAUAAAUAUUACGAAAUUGGGGAUUUUCGCGAUGUGGCGCUCCCCGUUGUACUAGACUUGGCGAAACGUAACACGAAGGAUGCUGUACGCCAAUAUCGCAGACAUUUCAUUGUAAGGUUUGAAGGAUUGGAGAGCACGGCGAAUAUGCACGAUCCAUUCCUAGAUCUCUCCCCUCAUGCGCGAUAUCGCAUGCCGCAGCACCUUGCGCAACUGUGCUCGGACAUAUCGCUGAUAAAACCGAUGGUUUCAAGAUGCCAGAUGAAGGCGGAGGAAGACCUGUUGCAGCAGCGUUUAAAAUUGAUGAAGAUGGUGGAAUCGAUGAUGUGAGAGAUAAUCAGAUCAGAUCAGAUCAGAUGAUCUCAAUUAUUAAGGUUCAACGUAAUGACAUUUUUAUUCAUGUUUUCAGUGCGCGUUGAUCGCGCAAGCACGACCUCGUUAUUUGUAUACUACCAUUUUUAAUUAAAACUUUGGCAAUAUUUAUGUCUUCCGUCUUGACU